AUGUUUCAUACAAUUCAACGACAAUUAAAAUUAUUUCUUCUAAUCACAUGUUACUGUUUCAAUUUCAUAAUUGGAAGUCCUGAUCAACUUCGUUUAUUAAAACAUUUAUUACCUAAUAAUCGAUACAAACCAAUUGCACGACCUGUUCAAAAUGACUCUCACACAUUACCUGUCACUAUAAAUUUGUCUUUACAACAAAUCAUUAAUUUUGAUGGAAAGAAUGAAGCUAUUGUUAUUAGUGGCUGGAUGACUAUCAUGUGGAACGAUUAUAGUUUAAGAUGGAAACCAGAAGAGUUUGGUAAUAUUCAAACACUAAGAAUACCAAAUACACAAAUUUGGAUACCAGAUAUUUUUCUCUACAAUAGUAUCGAUGAUAAGUUUGAUACUAGAGCGAAAGUCAAUGCCGUUGUACAAUAUGAUGGCAAUAUAUUAUAUGUUCCGCCAAUAUUAUUUAAAUCAAUUUGUCCAUUUGAUAUUGCCUUGUUUCCAUUUGAUACACAAUAUUGUACGUUGAAAUUUGGAACUUGGACAUAUGAUGAUGCUGGAGUCAAUCUGACAGUUGAAAGUAGCAAAGGUCAAUUAGAUGCAUACGUCAAAAGUGCCGAAUGGGAUCUAGAAGUACCUUGUUUUCUUAUCAGUUGUAUGACACCACUUGGAUUUUUAUUAUCACCUGAUAGUGGUGAAAAAUUAACCUUGCAUAUUACAACCCUUCUAACUGUUGUUAUGUUCAGUUUACUUCUAUCAGAAAUUCUACCACCAAGUUCAAAUGCUAUACCAAUUAUUACCGUUUAUUUCAUGUGUAUUAUGAUUAUGUCAGCGGUUUCAGUUGUUGCAUCAGUAUUAGUAUUAUCACUUCAUUUACGAAAUUCAAGUAAUUAUACAAUGCCAUCAUGGGUUCGUAACUAUAUUUGUAAUUAUUUGGCGUGGCUGUUACGUAUGAAGCGUCCUAAUCAUGAUUUGAGUUGGCGUGCGAUUCGUCAUAGAUGGACUUUCUCAAAACAAGAAUCGAAUAAUAUAAAUGGAUCGAUCGAUAAUCAUCAUCAUUCUAAGAUUUCUUCUGAACCAUUGUUGAAUAAUACAUUCGAAUUGUUAUCAACCAAUGUUAUAAAUGUCGAUAAAGAACCUUUAGAAUUUGCGAUAUCUUCAGUAACAGAAAUUCAUGGUUCUCGUCAUCAUCAGAAUACAUCUAAUGAAUUGUACACAUGUAAUAUGGAAAUGAUUCGUUCUGAGUUACGGAUUAUUAUUUCUCAACUUGCUAUUCUUAUUAAUUAUUUUCAACAGAAAGAGAAAGAUGCUAAUGAAUCUCAAGAUUGGCAAUUUGUGGCAAUGGUUAUCGAUCGUCUUUGUCUAGUGAUUUUUACUGUAAUCAUGCUCCUUUUUACUGCACUUACUUUUCUGAACGUUUAA